AUGCCCAGCCACCUCCUCCAAUCAGCACGCACCUCUUUGCGCCCAAUCACAGAAGCCAGAAGAGCGGUAGUCGGAGGUGAAAGGUCACGCUGCUAUUUGGCGGCCAUUUCUCUGGAAGCUACGCGGCUGGGUCCCUGCUGUGGCUACUCCAGUCACGAGGGUCGGACGACAGCUGGGUCGGCGGCGAGUAGCCUGCAGCAUUUGCCCACUAUUGCAGCAGUAGUCGCGAUGAGUUUGCCCCUCAAUCCCAAACCUUUCCUCAAUGGAUUAACAGGAAAGCCAGUAAUGGUGAAGCUUAAGUGGGGAAUGGAGUACAAAGGCUACCUGGUGUCUGUAGAUGGCUAUAUGAACAUGCAGCUUGCAAACACAGAAGAAUACAUAGAUGGAGCAUUAUCUGGACAUCUGGGUGAAGUUUUAAUAAGGUGUAAUAAUGUCCUUUAUAUCAGGGGUGUUGAAGAAGAAGAAGAAGAUGGGGAAAUGAGAGAAUAGCAUCUUUCGGGGGGGAAUUUUUUUUAUAUAUAUUUGUAGACAAUAAAGAUUUGUUCGUUUUUCAACUUGA